AUGGGGCUCACACACCAUACUCAACCCAGCGAUCAGUCAAUUAGUGACACAGCUGAGGAGGAUUCGGAUGACGAGCUUCAUGUCAAUGGGGCUCGAGGGCGUCGUCCUUCGCAAAAAAGCCUGCAAAAGGACGUUCGAGAUUCUAUCAGGAGGAAGCGGCAUCCAACGUCUCCUUCCCAACAGACGUCUGGCCAUAUGCCUCAUGAUUGCUCCAACGAGGGCAAGCAAAUCAGUUCCUUACAGCGAAGAAUAUCAUUCACUCGGUCUCGAUCACCUCACCCACAAGUUUUCAACAAUGCAACUAAUGGAACACACCCGCCACCUGGCGCUUCUGCAUUUCCUCAGCGGCACAAGCCGCCUCCAGUUGUGCACACUCUAUUGCCAGCAAUGAUAUCUGCCAGCCUUUCCCUCCCUUCCCUUGGUACUUGGACAUUUUGCAUGGACACUAGAUAUAUGGGAGAAUCACUUCUCCUCAUCGGGUCUUUAGCUUUUUUCAACGAGAAACUCUCUGAUGACACUCUUCACACCAUCGAUUCAUCAAUGUCCGCAGAAAUGUAUAUCCUCCUUAUUACAGCUAUAAUUUAUAUUAUACGGGCGCACACAACACUACCGCACUCCAACGCCACUCCACCUACUGCUCUAGAGUCUCGUCGCACAGCAUCCCCUCGUACUGAAACUCGGGAAAUCCGACGCACUGGUUCCCUGUUAACGCCUACAGUUAAACCGCGCUUCAGUUUCAUUUGGAUGAGUGUUCCAAAAAAUUACAGGCAUUCUUCGAAUGAUGGCGUCCUCACAGGGCUCCUACUCCCACCCAUGAUUACACUAGCACUAUUGUACUCAGCCUUGCGGCAGCUUCACUCCCCUUCGUCUGAUCCCAAUCUUCUUCCCCCUCACUGGUUGAUAGAAGCUCCCAGUGUACUCCAUAACCCUCGGUCACCUGCCUCCGCUAUCGAGGCCCUCGUGCAGUCUCGUCGUGGUCUGGUGGAUUAUUCCACAUUGUGUUCGUUUAUAUUAUUGGCCCAAGUAUGUUCCUCGUGGAUCAUUGAGACACGCUAUCGCGGACGUCCUAGUGUUCCUGAGGGAGAGCGCGGCUCUGUUCCUCGCAGUGAAAUGCGCAGGACGUGGUUUUACGUGCUCUUCACUUUCGGCAUGACUAUGUUGGCCAUUACAGUUCGAUAUGUUCUUGCGCUAGCAGAGAUUCCUAUAUGGCGAAAUAUCAGCUAUCUCGAUAUUGGCAUCGGUUCAUUGUUCUAUCAAAUGUGCUUAUAUCUUGCCCUUCGCCUAGCGCACGGUGGGUUCACCCUAGGUGAAUUGGCUGUUGUCUGCUUCGGCGGGCUGUCCUUGGCCACGGAACUGUUGGGAUUGACUAGAGCGAGGAUAUGGCCGAAAACAGCGCCAUUCAUCGAGACAUACCGCUUGCCGACACCCUUGCUGAUUUUCCAGAUUGCGCUGAUCGCAGGUUCCUUCACUACUGGCUUCCUGCUUUCUCCACUUCUCGCCCUAUCAAGGCACAUUGCACAACGACCCGUGAGACGUCUUCGACUCCCACAGGAGAAGCAACGGCAUCGACGUGCCCUUGCCGCGGGUUUCUACGUCGGAACCGUAAUCAUUGUAGUAGGAAUCAUUGGUUCGUGGACGUGGUGGAACCUCGGACGUAGGAACCCAUGGUUAUGGACUAUCUUUUGGCUCCUUGAGGGGCGUAAGAAGUGGAGUCGACCCAUGCUUCUUGCAUACUGGGGCCUUCUUGGAAGCAUCAGUGUUGCCGGAUGGAACCGACAACUGUCAAGGUCAAGACGGUACAGGCAUAGAAAUACGAGUGGGGGUACCCAAGAUAACGUGAUCGUUCCAUUCGCCGCGAAUCAGAAACCACAGGAGAUUCCAGCAACUUCGUCCGCUCCCACUACUGCUCUUGGGCUUACAUUCCCCAACUUAGCUAAUCUCCCUAAUCUGUCCAAUAGUUCGCAAGUCGCCACCGAAUUGUUGGAUGCUGCAGAUAAGCAUGUUCCGACGCUUGGCAUUAACGCAAGGCGCAAGUUUUUCCACGCGUUGGCCGUUGUCAUGUUUCUGCCUGGUGUAGCUGUUGAUCCCGCAUUCACUCACUUGGCCUUCAGCGCAGCCUUUGCGCUCUUUAUCUUUGCAGAAUAUGUCAGAUACUUCGCCAUUUAUCCUUUCGGUGCUGCUGUACACUUGUUCAUGAACGAGUUCCUCGAGCAAAAGGACAGCGGAACUGCCAUCCUCAGUCACUUUUAUCUGCUUACUGGCUGCGCGGGCUCACUGUGGCUUGAAGAGCCAUCGCGGUUGCUACAAUAUACCGGUAUCCUCGCUUUGGGUAUUGGCGACGCUCUGGCAUCUAUUAUUGGCAAACGCAUUGGUCGGCACCGUUGGUCUUCAACAUCCUCCAAGACCCUAGAAGGUAGUGCCGCAUUUGUGCUGUCCCUCGUGGGUAGCGCGUGGCUUCUGAGACUCUGCGGGCUUACGGAGGAAUUUUCGACAUUGCGCUAUACCAUUGUGGUCACUCUGUCAUGUGCGCUUGAGGCCCUGUCAGAGCAGAACGAUAACUUGACUCUGCCGUUGUAUAUGUGGAGUUUCCUUGUGGCUGUCGAUGUGUAG